AUGAGCGAAUCUUGGCGAGACCGUAAAUUUCCUAAUACUUUAGUUCUGUUUGAUGUUGAUGGGACGCUGACACCUGCUCGUAAGACUGUUACGCCUGAAAUAUUAGAAAUUCUUAAAGUCCUACGAAAACAUCUUGUGAUUGGUUUUGUUGGAGGCUCUGAUCUCAAAAAGCAAAAGGAACAGCUUGGGUCUGACGUAAUAAAAAAUUUCGAUUUUGCUUUCUCUGAAAAUGGCCUCACUGCCUUUCGGCUUGGGCAAGAGCUUGCGUCCCAGAACUUUAUAAAUUGGAUUGGCGAAGAAAAAUACAUUAAAAUAGCGAAUUUUAUACUAAAAUAUAUCGCAAAUCUUGAAAUUCCCAAAAAACGUGGCACGUUUAUCGAGUUUCGAAAUGGAAUGAUAAAUGUGUCACCAAUCGGAAGAGAUUGCAGUGUCGAGGAAAGAAAUGAAUUUGAGGAAUACGAUAAAAUACAUAACAUCCGUCCAAAAUUUGUUGAAGUUUUGAGAAAGGAAUUUUCCGAUUACGGUUUAACCUUUUCGAUUGGUGGCCAAAUAUCAUUCGACGUUUUUCCAACCGGUUGGGACAAGACAUACUGUCUAAGGCAUAUAGAAUCCGAAGGAUUUACAACUAUUCAUUUCUUUGGUGAUAAAACAUUCGAAGGAGGAAACGACUAUGAGAUUUACAAUCAUCCAAAGGUUAUCGGCCACUCAGUUUCGAGUCCUGAUGAUACUAUCCGAGAAUUAAAACAAUUGUUUUCGAUUUAA